AUGUUCAUUUACUCUCUUCCUGCCCUCACAAUCGUCGCCGUCCUGCUAACAUGUAAAAAUCCUGCAAACGACAUCCCCAUUUCCGUCAACUACCAUUUCACUCGACAAUGCAACAUGUCCUGCGGGUUUUGCUUCCACACAGCCACGACUUCACACAUGGUAUCCUUGGAGGAUGCUUUGAAGGGGAUUCGACUGUUGAAAGAUGCGGGAAUGCGGAAGAUCAAUUUUGCUGGAGGAGAACCGUUUUUGUAUCCGAAGAUUUUGGGAAAAAUGGUGGAUUUUUGUAAGGAGAUCGGGAUCGAAUCCGUCUCCAUCGUCAGCAACGGCAGUAAAAUCACCUCAGCCUUCCUCCAACAGCACGGCAAAAACAUCGACAUCCUCGCCAUAUCGUGCGAUUCCUUCCACGAAGCCACCAACCUCCUGAUCGGACGCGGAACAGGCCACAACGUGACACAACUGCACCGGAUCAAAUCCUGGUGUGACGUGUCCGGCAUAAAAUUCAAGCUCAACACAGUAAUUUGCAAAUUGAAUUGGCAAGAAAAUAUGAAUGAACACAUUUCCCGCUUGCAGCCGGCUCGAUGGAAAUGUUUUCAAGUCUUGAUUGUGGCGGGAGAGAAUGAUUCCGAGGAGAGAUUGAGAGAUGGGAGGAAAUAUAUGAUUUCCAAGGAGCAGUUUGAGAGUUUUAUUGAGAAACAUGGGAGGCAGGAAUCGUUGAUUCCGGAGCCGAAUCAUCUUAUGGCUAAGUCGUAUUUGAUUUUGGAUGAGUAUAUGCGCUUUCUUGAUCGGACGGGACGUCAGCCAUCCAAGUCGAUUUUGGAAGUGGGAGUUCGGCCGGCUUUGGAGAGUGUGUUUUGGGACGUGGAGAGUUUUCAUGAGCGUGGGGGUUUGUAUGACUGGCAGGCGCAUCAGAAAGGCUCGAGUUGUGUUGAUGAGGAAAAGUCCAAAGAGUUGGAGUGGUAGAGGAUUUUGAGUGGUUUGACUUCCUGAUUCUGGGUUUGUAUCGUAGAAACUUCUCUUGCAUGACUUGCAUGUCCACAGACAGAAUGAGAGAAAAAGAAAACAAAAAAUCAACGUCGUCUCUCAAAGUACGCAGUCAGCUUUCCCUUGGGCACGCCACUCCGAAAUGCCCAAUGAUAUCGCUGCAUGAACUCUUGAAUUUGCCGGUCCAUAUCUUGCGUGAGAUUACGCUUCCACAGCUCAACAUCACAGACGACAGAAGAAUCCUGUUGCCGCGGCACUGCAACUCUGCGCUCCAGUUCGACUUCGCCGACUUCAUGUCCCAAGUCCACCAUCGAGUCCAGAACAAUCUUGAAUUUCUCAUCUGCCAACCAAGUCUUGCGCUGCGUAGUCAAAGUUGCCAACACUCCUAACCCAAAGUCAUACGCUGCCGACUCGUGGUGACCUGUCAUUUGUGCCACACAGUGCGCGAUCGCCGGGGGAUCCGUCAGUUCCUCGAAUGAGGAGUUGACGAAGUCGCCACCUUUGCGGAUCUUCGCCUCCCAGGCUGCAUCUCUGCCGGCGAUUUGUCUUUUGCGGACCCAGAGACCGCUCUGCGAGAGCUGGUUGUGUUUGUCGUAGUACGUGUCUUGAAACUUCUGUUCGCCCAGGAAUUGUAGUUUGUGAAAGCAUGGCACGCCGGCAUUUGCGAUCAAGUGUGGUACUGCCAGUCCGCAGAACUUGCGCUCCACCUCGAGUAGUAUGUUGCGCAUGAUGAGUCUUGUCGUGGAGAUUUCGAGGUCGAAGGGGCAGUGCACUGGAGACAGGGGCGGUAUCCGAAUGUUCAGUAUGAAGUUCAGCUUGUUGGCAGACGCAAUACAAGCACGAGUGGUAGUAAGCGGUUGUUCGAUUAUAGCAUGUUGAACACGCACUAGAGACGUGCUGGUGUCUCCAUGACGACGGCCUCUCAAAGCUCAUAAUGCUGCGGCCCCUGAUCAACAACGACGACGUCUUUCAACUCAAUGUUUGGCCUGAUAUAUGGCUGUACUUUCGAGCGAUGCAACGUGCGCUGCUCAUAUGCAUACGCGUAUCCAAUCAGAGUCUCUUCGCUCCAUUUUUCUCCCAAGAAAGACAGCCCAAAGGGAAUGUUCGGACCGCUCGCGACCAGAUUGCCGAAUCCAUUCAUCGUCACAUUCCAGUCGUACGGAUAGAAGCCCAUGGGCACCGUCACAACCGGACUACCAACCAAGGCUGGUAUCGAAGGGCUCAGUUGGGUGGGCAGCAGGACCGCAGUGGUGUUGGUACGGUUGAGUGCACCAAGAAUGCCACCUUCACCGCCAUAGUACAAGUUCUUUUGGUACGCUUCCCAGAAGCGCGGAUCGGUG